AUGCACUGUAGUGCAUUAAUCUCAUUCCUUAUAGUCCAGUACGAUGUAUCACAACAACUCGAUCAGAAUCUUGACAGGAAAGCUGUUGUUUUGGUCCCUUUUCAAAACCCUCAACUAACUGUCAUUGCAGGAAACAGUCAUCCAGAGCUCGCUCAAGCAGUUUCCGAGCGACUGGGCGUUCCUCUUGUUCGUUGCACUGUCCGGAAGUUUUCCAACGGCGAAAUCGAUGUCAAAAUCUUCGAAUCCGUUCGAGAGGAAGACGUGUUCAUCAUUCAGUCUGGUUGUGGUGAUGCCAACGACAACCUCAUGGAACUCCUCAUCCUCAUUUCAGCCUGCAAAACAGCGUCGGCCAGGCGGAUUACGGCUGUCAUUCCUUGCUUUCCGUAUGCAAGAAUGGAUAAAAAAGAUAAAUCAAGGGCGCCGAUAACGGCAAAGCUUGUUGCAAAUAUGCUUGUCGUUGCCGGUUGUGACCAUGUCAUCACUAUGGAUCUGCACGCAAGUCAAAUACAAGGGUUCUUUGAUAUACCCGUCGACAACCUCUAUUGUGAACCUUUAAUAGUGUCUUACAUCAAGUGGAGAAUUCCUGGAUGGAGAGAUAGCAUCAUUGUCAGUCCAGACGCUGGGGGCGCUAAACGCACGACCGCAAUCGCCGAUAAACUUGGUGUCGACUUCGCGCUCAUUCACAAGAAAAGAGACAAGAAAAUAGAUAACGCUCCCGAACACAUGGAAAUCCUUGUAGGCGAUGUCAAAGGCAAGGUAGCGAUACUUGUUGACGAUAUGAUCGACACCGGAAAGACGCUUGCGUUAGCCGCCAAAACAUUACAUGAAAAGGGUGCCCGUUCCGUCCAUGCCUUGAUAUCUCACGGGUUACUCUCGGAAACGAAUCUCGCCGUCAUUGACGCGUUACCCAUUGAACAGCUCGUGGUCACCAAUACCAUUCCUCAAAUAAAAAAUAAAGCCGCCUGCUCCAAGCUCACAGUGAUCGACGUCAGUCCCCCAAUUGCUGAGAGUAUACGGCGCAUGCACAACGGGGAGAGUAUAAGUUUACUCUUCGGUCCGUUAUCCGAGUCCGUUAGUAUUGAUUUGGUGUAA